GUCACGUGAUGUACACUCAAAAGCGAAAAAGUCCAAUUGACAGGGAUUGCAUGACUUUUUAUGAAAGCUUUCAAUUUUAAGAUUAUCUCCUUUUCUUCUGAAAAUUUUGUUAUAAAGAGUUGAAUUCGAUUUGUUAUGUCUGGUAUUGCGAUCGGCCGAUUAACAGAGGAGAGAAAAGCUUGGCGAAAAGAUCAUCCUUUCGUAAGUGCUUACAUAGUUGCCCUACUUCAUGUGAAAAGCUUAAUGUUCGUCGUUUCAUUGAUUUUCCUAAGACGAUUUCGACAACUUUAUAUUUAAAUUGAAUUCUGUUGUUCUUAUAAGGGAUUUGUUGCCAAACCUGCAAAAAACGCCGAUGGUACGUUAAAUCUCAUGAACUGGGAGUGUGGUAAGUCUUACUGGAAUAUGAUCACUGCAUUCAUGAUCACUGUUUUCAAAAAAUCAAGGUUACUCUACAAAACUACCAUCCUUGUAAAUACUUGCUUUUUGUUUCGAUAACGACACAAAACAGAUAUUUGUUUGCUUCGUGAUAAAUCAAUAUUUUCUUUUUAUCUUUCCCACAGCGAUUCCUGGAAAGAAAUCGGUAUGUACGAUAAUGUUUUUGAAGUGGAGUUAAAUGAGAAGUAAUUGUUAAUCUUCCUGAGUCUCGUUCAUAUUAAACAUUAGAGCGAAAUUUUUUUCCGGUCCUAAAAUAUCAGGUGGAUUCAAAAUAAUAAAAAUAGUAAUAAAAACUUUACCGGUCUCAGACGCAAUCAUUCUUCAAUUUGUGAUUGUACGUACUUACAUGUAUGCCUGUUCUUUGUAAUUAUACCUAUGUUACAUAAGGAAAUUCUAGAAGAAAGAUUGCGGAAAGUUGACAAUUUUUUUUCCUGUUGCUAAAUGAUUUGAAAAUAUAUUUUUUGCGUUAUGACUUCUCACAUGUCGUUUAUUAUUUGUUAGACUCCUUGGGAAGGUGGAUGUUACACUCUGAGGAUGGUUUUCAAGGAUGAUUACCCUUCAACACCUCCUAAAUGUAGGAAUUUUUAUCUUUUGUUUUUAUUCAAGGCGUGCUGGGGAUAUCUAACGAUUAAUUUAAUUUUCAGACAUUUCUUAUUGUUUCACAGAAAAGCCUAAGGGAGAGGUACCUAUGUUAUUUACAAGGUCAAAUUUUUUUCAAGCCCACUUUCCAGUGUCCUAGCCCCAUUCUCAUGCUAUUUCCCGUCAUGUCUUUAUUCCUCCUUCAGAAAACAGUGACCCAUAUACUCAAGAAGAUUGGCAAAGUUGGUGUAACAGACUGUUUUUACCUUUCCCUGUUUUCUUGUAAGAUCAUUGCAAUCUUUCAUCUUGACUGCUGGGGUGAAUAUCUUUGGAAAGGGAGGCAUAAAAAAUUAGGGAGAGUGUGUUAACUUCACCACAGCUCAUUUUCAAGGAGCAAUUGCCAGCCUCUGAUUCAUCAUCAGGCAAAAAUUAUUUUAUUGGCAUUGACAGUGCAUCUGGUUAGAGUGACAAGUUGGCAAUUCCAAAACUAGCUUUUGCACAUAAUGAGAAAACAUGUUUUUUAGACAGUGUCUCAAGGUUGAUUUCCACUGACAUGUUUUUGGCUAUGCAUGUUAAUGCAUGUCAAUUUUAAUCAUGUAAGUAAAAUUGAGGGAAGAUAAAAAGUGCUGAGCUAAAACGAGAAGUUGAGCGAGGUUCAACUUUUACGCUUACGAGUGACCUUUCAUGCAUUGCCUCUAUUUUAUUUACAAAUGUAAAUUUUAUGCACAUACACACGUAAAAAUUAUGUGACACUGGAAAUCAACACUGAGUGAAGAAUUAGCGUUGCAAAUGAACUGAACAUGGCUUGUAUGGCUAUGUCGAUAUCCUGUACUUUGCAAGUUUAUUUUUACACGUUGUUGUGACUAUUUUUAUUUUGGCCUGCUUCUGAUCGUACGUUUCUAUUUGGUUUUGUAAGUACUGUACACAGUAACAACAUUGUUUUCAGGGGUCCGAUAAAGUCUCACCUGGUAGUGUGGGGCAAGGAGAUUUUCUUACUGAGCAAGUAACUUUAAAAUCUCACUUGCCCAAUGGUCAAGAGUCCAGGCAAUUCAUCCUCUAACCAGGCCUUCUGAUAGGGUGCGAAAAAAAAUCAGAAAUUAUGCGGCAUUUUCAGGACAGAUUGUGCGAUAAGAUAGGACUAUUAUGCGAUAAAUUAUGCGAUUUUUUCAGGGCUAAUUAACAUUGUUUUACCAGGUUUUAAAUUAUGAAAAUCACAUUAAUGUUGUUUAACAGGCAAUUGAAUGUAAAAGAAUAAGAAAACAUCUAUUUUAAAACAAAAUAGUUAAGUUUGUCCAAUUAUCUUGACCCGGAAUAGAAAACAAAUAGUAAGAAAGAAAAAGGACACUUGUUUAAUAUUACAUGAUGCUGUUACACCACUGACCACACUGCUUGUCUCUGAAUGAAAAUGGUUGCCCAGAUACCGCUAUCAAAGGUUUGAGAUGUCUUCCAAGGCUUUCUUUUGUGGUAAAUCAUUAGAAUUUAUUGUUUACUUUACUUGAAUUUAGCAUUUCUUUUACGAAUUUAUUAUGUGAUUUUCCUCAAAUUGUGCAAUCGGAUGCGAUUUGAGGCCAAAAAAUGUGCAAAAUCGCACCAUCGCAUAAUAUCAGAAGCCCUGUCUGACCAAUGCUUCCUUUAAACAAUGAGUUGGAAUCUUGCUGAUGCCAAAAAUUGACAGAGCACACAAAAAUUAUUGUACACCCGAAAUUUGAGAGGAAGUGCAUUUAAGGGAGACAUUUUAUUGGCUACCAUGUUGAAGGGCAUACUGUUGCCCUCCAACAUGAUAGUGAUGCUCAGAUGUGCUGUAAAUGUUACCACAUCAUCUUUUCAACAUUUUCCUUGAAGUUUAAGUGCCAAAUUUGUGUUCAGAAAGAGGUAAUUCACAUUUUGGUCACACUACCAACUAAGAACUUACUCAUUUUAAGAAAGUGGUGCGGGUUUGAAAAACCAAAUCACUAUUAUUUUGUUUAAGAUAUGACCCACUAAUCAUUUUUGGAAGGCAAAAUCAUACAACUUUUAUUUUCAUAAGAACUAUGUCACAUGACCUCUUAGUGCAAAUGGCCUAUUUACUUUUUAUAUUCAAUGUACUCAUUUAGGUGUGUAUGAAUACACAAAAACCAAGGGCCUUGAUUCGAGAGAAGUUACAUCAUUGCCAAAAUGCCAACAUGUGAUCAACCGUGACUCGAUUUUGCUAAUAACCCAAUGCUGUUCGGUCUAGUUUGUGACUUUGAAUGAUUGAUGUUGUCAUAUAACGUUGGUCAGAAGUAGCAAUGGCUGUAGCAAUGCUUAAUUAUUAUCUCAAUCUCUGAUUUCUCGUUUUCUGUACAUCAUUCAUAUUUAAAGUUUUGUUGAAAAUUUUAUCCUGCCUGGUUCUUAUUUUAAUUUGGUUUUCAAUUUCUGUAUAGGUGGUCCCGCUCAAGUUUUAACUCUUUUGCUCUGCUUACAAAAACAUUAAAACCUGCACGACUGAUUACACUGAAAGAUACAGAAUACGCGCAAACAUAGAUCACAAGCAAAUUCUUGCCUUGGUACGCCAUAGACUUUGUAAGCAAGAUGCUGUUGACACUUUCAAAACUCUUUAAAGUGUUAACUAAUCACUUGCUGGAUGGCAGGAGCUAUUUAUAACUUUCUGUAUUUGGUGAGCAUACUCUCUACUGGUUUGCUCACGGUAUUUUCCAUGAAAUGUGAAAAAUCUCCAGUUUAUGUUUAAUGAAGCUACUAAACUAUAAUCAGUCUUAACCACCUUUCAUAAAUGUUGGUGAGAGACUAGGUACAAAAAAUCCUUUUUUAAAUGCAUAUACUUGGCUUAUGAUAUGUGCUUCAUCGUUCACAUGGCUGCAGAAUCAGAUGCACAACCACUCUUUGGCUCUCUUUGGUUGUUUUAUGUAAAAAUGGCUGGAACCGCUAACUCUUACAAUCUAGAGAUACCAGAUGGAAAGAAAAGAUUAAGCUUUUCAAAGAAAAAAAUUCUUGAAUGUAACUCCAAGUAGCAAAGUUGAUUUUGUUGAUGUAUCAGCGUAAGAGGGAAGCUCCACAGCUGCCAAACGGCUCAAACCAAAAGAGAAACAAAGAGAAGAUGCCAGUGGAAAAUUCAGAUAUCAUCAUUUUGGAUAUCUUUGCAUGGUCUAUUUAUAUGUUACUGUUUUCAGAUAAUUUGUCAUUUUAAAUGCGUACUUUAGUUUGAAAAGGUUUUUCUGGACAAACAGGUUUUAAUAAUUCUAGUGACAUGCGCAAGGCUGAGCAUGUAAUGUGACAAAACCAAAACGUGACCAAAAUGGUGCUCCAUCGAUAUCACCGCUCGAAAUAAACCGCCUCCUCAUCACAAGGCUCAUUUGCAUAGAAUGAAAGUUUACACCACUCGACCGACCGACCAACCGACCAACCGACCAACAUUGAGUGCCCCCUAUAACCUAAGUUAACCAGUGGACCUUUAUGAAAACACAUCAUAAAAUUACAUUCAGAUUUUAUGAUAUAUUUUUGCUUAUGGCAUUAUUUAAAGCUGUGGCUUCUUCUUUCUAGAAGAAAGUAGCCUACUUUUAUGAGCAAAGUAGCUGACACGUUUCGUUGGCCGUAGGUGCUUAUUGAAACCCCUGCUUACUUGAUGCCUAAACCCCAGGUACAACUAAACCAAAAGGGCCGCUCAUUAAUAUGGUAACUGUAAAUCAUGUAAUUGACACUCCCUGUGAAAUAAAUGCCUAUUGUCUACUAAACAGCCUCUCUACAAUCUUUAGUUUGUAUUAUAGACCCGUUUCCAAUACAUAUUACAGGUCAAAUUUGUCUUCAGGCUAAUUUUGAUUUAACAUAGGUUGAUUCUCAAUUUUCUUUGUUUCCUAACCCUACGAGACAAAGGAAAUAAGGAAUCAACCUAGGUUUUAAAAAUUUAACCUGAAAUCAAAUUUGACCUGUAACAUAUACACCCCCUGUCUAAUAGAUGCCCCACCCCCCCAAGCCAUGACAGUAACUCCAAAAUAAUAGGAAUUAGCAAAAAGAGUAGAAUCAUUCAAUUUAUACAGUUUCGUGCUUGAUUAACAAAAGUUUCGGCAUUGCAUCUUGUUCAAUUUUGAGUUUAAAGUAAGUAUAAGCCACCAAUGACAACACAAUGACCCUGAACAAGGAUUUUGACAUCCAAGAUGACACCUGAAAGAGGGAUAUGGAUCUUUGCAAAUGUAGAUGGCCUAGACAUACAGUAUCAGUUGAUGGACUGGAUGUUUCGCCGUUUAUAAAAUGUCUUGACAUUUUUGUGGAGAGCAUAUUGCUGUGGUUUUGUAGAGGUUGUUAAAUGACUCUCUUUUUCAAACGUCUCCUGUUUAUUAAAUUCCUUCUCUUGGAGCCCUUAAAUUAAAUGUAAAAGCUACAGGCAUCUAUUAGAUCAUAUAUGGUUUAUGAACAAUCUUAUUACAAAUAAUUCAGAGGGUUUGCAAAGAAUUUCUGAAAAUACAGUGAUGUACAUGUAUUUCCUUCCUGCUUGCUUCUUUGUUGUUAUACCCCUUCAUUCAGUCGAUAGUAGGAUUUGAGUCAGCUCAAACAGAGAAAAUUAGGGGACAAAGAGUGUUUUUAUCAUUAGAUUUUUCCUGUUGAAGACAUGAGUCAGCAGGGUCAUAUUUCAGUACAUAACUAGUCAAGCAUGAAGUGUGCAAAAAUUAUGCAGAUGCUUAUCAUAUUUCUAACUGUGGUCAUGUUUACUGGUGUUAAUGUUUUCAUUUGGUGAUAGUGGGAUUAUCUUUAGCAGAGCAUUCACAUGGUGUGAAGAAUAACUUUAUUUGAUCAUUCACAUUCAUUUUACAAAGAUGAAGUGAUUUGGAGUGUGUAUUUUGACACCUCAACUUUCCUCAGUAAAAAACAUUUGUUGAUCUUAAAGCAUUACAAAGUAAAUGUAUUUCAAAGUUCUUUUUUUUAAAAAAAAACAAGACGCUACGGAGCGUACACUUUGGCGUCGUGGUUGUGGAACUAAUUAAUUGUAAAUGCGGAGGAAUAGUAAGAAAUCAAAUAUGGUAAGAGUGAGGUGUUAAUUUGUGAAAUUAUGGGAUUUGUCAGGAUAUUCUGAAAAGAGCAACAUCCAAGAGGCCUACUUGCCAAAAACUAGCAUUUCGGGACAAAUUGUCUCCGAGGUAUUAGCCCUGUUAUGCUCUGAUGACUCCAUACAAAUCCUUUUAAAAAAACAAUUCUCUAUUUUUCUUAGUCACAUCAGGCUUCAAAAACAGCGUAGCAGUCUCAUGUACUGAUUAAAGAUAUGUAAGGCAUGGGUAAGGAGUCUAUUACGUUGAGCAUGGAAUUGGCUAAAACUCAAAGUCACGAGUUCGAAUGUUUUGAGGAUAAUUAUUCACUGACUAUCAGCACGCAGGGAUGUCGGAUUAACACAAGGAAGUUUAACACCAAAGGAACAUAGCCUUUACAGAGCUUUAAAACACAGCAUCCACCAACGCAAACUUGACUUGACCUUUGAGUAAAACUAAACAGCCUCUACCAAUAAUAACAAACUCUCACUUGAACUUCAGAUAUCUUACGGCUUCCACGAACUUGUAAACACAGAACCUGAAAAUCGACCUUCGUCACACUUGACUAAACACAGCAGUCCAGCUCGUGGGAAAAAACUUAGAUCGUCAAAAGAACUCGCUUGGAACUUGUAUACCGUUUGACAUAAGGUUCCAGAAAUUUCUUAACAGGCGAAUAGUAGUAGCUUUUCGACAUAUUUUAUGAUUUCAGUAACUGAUGGAAAUCUGCUGACUCAUGCUGAAAUGUAAACAUGCCCUAAUUAAUUAUUCAUGUAUAAUCCAAAAGUGUAGAGAACGUUCGAGAAAGUCACGUAACGCAUGAAAGCAAUUUUACUACAUAACACUCAACAAAGACAAAAUCUCUUUGUGCAGCAUUUUGUAACUUUAAAUUCAUCAUAAAACAGUUUGAAAGGAGGGCUCACUCGUGAAAUGUUUUUUAGCACUCGAAAUAUCCUCUAUUUAUUCCUCGAGUAAUUAAAGACUAAACUCGAAGUGAUCUCAAGAUAUCACGAAGUAGUCCGGUCUCAUUUCGUGAAAUAGUUGAAACAAGCCGAAAAGUCACGAACUUGCACGCCCAAUCUUGUCCCGAGACUAGUGCAUCAUUUCAUAACUAUUUUUCAUAUCCCAAACUACCUUGGGUCGCAGUAGCGCAAUCGGCUAAUCCCCCAACUUAGAGUCUCCUCUGAUCUGAUGGGUCACACAGGUGAGUCGGUUCAAACCCCGGGAAAGCCAAAAUAAUAAUUCUUUCUUCCUCGAAAAAGUUAAAGAAUAAAUCAAAGAAAUCGAAGUGAUCUCAAGAUAUCUCAAACUAAUUUGGCUCUCACUUCGUCAAAUAGCUGAAUAGAACUGAAAACCUACAGACGUUGCUUGCCCAAUCUUGUCAAAAAAUUGCAACUUUGAUACAUUCCUGAGCCGCGAAUCCUUUACUUCGCGCUCCGCCAAAGUUAAAAAAAAAGAAGACAACUGGAUCCUACUUGCACAGCCAAACUGACAUGUACAGAAAAAAAAUUGUUAUGGAAGCAUGAGAAUGGUGCCCUGGCUCAAACUCUGCAAAAGUGAAGGCUUCUUAUAAGAAAUUAAAUUUAAUGUAUUUUAAAUACUGGUUAUGAUAUAUACACGUAGUAAGACAAUAUUUAUUGUUAUAUCAUAUAACAAACUGUUUCAGUGUGAAAUGAUUAGGAAAUGAAGGCUUAAUAAAAAGUGUAUCUUUUACUUUUUCAGGUAAAUUUGAACCUCCAAUCUUUCACCCUAAUGUAUAUCCAUCAGGAACAGUAUGUUUGUCUCUUCUGGAUGAAGAAAAGGAUUGGAGGCCAGCCGUCACUAUUAAACAAGUAAGAAAUCUGAAAGAGCGUGAGCAACCAAAGACAAUGCCAGCGUAAUGGCCUGGCCAUAGCGAAAAUGCUGUAGAAACCCAAAAGCCCCUGUGAAGUCAUAAGUGAAUCUCCAAAAAUCACAUACAAGAGACUGCUGACUAGCAUUGUCUGGAGUUUAACUUAGUCUUAAUUUCAUUUAUCCCAAGGCUGUGCUCUAAAAAAAACUAAGAUUUUCUAGUCACCGGAGAGUGAAAGUUGGGCACCAGGGGCCACUAGGCUCCACUAGAGCACAGGCUUGUAGCCACAUUUCAGAUUAAGAUUUUGUGUGCAGAAGUUUAUCAGUAAUUUUGUGAUUCAUUUUCUAGGUUUUAUUGGGAAUUCAAGACCUACUUAAUGAUCCUAACAUUAAAGACCCUGCACAGGCAGAAGCUUAUACUAUAUAUUGGUAAGUAACACAUGGUCAGAAAAUAUAUAUCAUCUGGGCUGAGUUGUUCAAAGCUGGGUUAAGAUAACCCAGGGUUAGUGCGAGAUUUGAAAGCUUAGAAAGCAUUUCAGUUUUAAUUCUUUUUGACUUCAAGUUGAUGAUUGGAAGCUCUAAAAAUAGCACAGAAAAUUAUCCAAGAAAAUGCUUUUGAACACAAGAAAAAGAAACGCAGGUUAAAUUUAACCCCAGUUUAAGUGCUAAUUGGCCUUCGAACAACUCUGGAGUUUACAACUGGGUUGCCUGGUUCAUUAGGUAAAUUAAACUAAGAAAUUUAUGUGAUUUUUCUGUCUGUAUUCCUGACAAAAUUUUGAAAAUGGGAACUGGAGCUUUGAAAUGAGCUGCCACUUUGAGUAAGGGGAAAUUUUCUAAUCCACCAGCUCCCUUGUUUCAUUGCUUCACAAGAGAAUUUGUUUUUAACAAGGAACAUUUAAAUACUAGAACUACCUUUUAUGUCAUAAAAAUAAUUCAAAGGUACGUGUAGUUCGAGUAUUUAAAUGUUCCUGUUUUAAGAACAAAUUCUCUGGUGAAGCGAAGAAAUAAGGUAGCUGGUGGAUCAGAAAAUUUCAUAUUAAAUCAACACAGCACCUAUACCUUGUAAUACAUUUUUAACAGAAAAAAACAUAGUUUGUUGUUAGUAAAUGUGACCCAGAUGCCUUGUGUAGAUGUUUGAAUGUUGGUAGCACUAUAUAAAGUUCUAUAAUUUUACUGAUUGUUUUUUUGUUACGUCUUUUUGCUUGCUUUGCUUGGCAAAAUUACUAUUUUUAUUUAUUAUUCUUUGUUUUGCAGCCAAAAUAGAGCAGAGUAUGACAAAAGAGUCAAGUCCCAAGCACAAAAAAUGGCUCCCAAAUGAAAAAGGAUUAGCUGCGGUAAACCUUUGCUAUGAACAAAGAACUUUACUAAAAACAAGCAGAAGGACUAAAUGCCUUAUUCAUCUUCUCCAUGGGACAUUCUACAUCAAAAGGGGAAAAGGGAGAUGUUAUAAGAUUAUUUGUCUCUACUGGUUGUCAGUUUUGUUCAUAAAGCAAGAGAACGUCAUGUUGCAAAUAAUCCUCUUCUGAGGGUGUUGGUCCAUUUUCGUGCUGUACUGUGAGAUUUCCUUAUAUUUUACAAGCUUCUUCUCUUUCUUUGCAACACUUUGUACUCAAGAGACAUGGAUUUUCAGUGAUUUCUCAGUGGUCAAAACCGCUCAAGUGCACAGGUUUUGUUAAAGAAAGAUGAUAAUAAUAUUAUUAUUGACUGUCUUACAGCUCUUUGCAUUAUAAGGCUGAUUAAAGCAUCUUAAUGGAUAUGUAGUUCUUUCUUAUUAACUCUUUACAGUGGAACCUUGAUUUAAAGAAUCUCUACACAAUGGAAGUCUUCAGUAUAAGGAAUGCUAUUCCUAGCCCCAGUAAUAGUAAAGUAUAAAAAAACAGAACCUCGACAUAACAAAACCUCAUUAUAGCAAACAUAUUUUGUCAGUCCCUUGGCCCUUUGUUAUAUCAAAGUUCCACUGUAUCUUGAAAUCUGGUUUUGAUUGUUUCAUUCGUGGCAUGGUAGGGCAUAAAUGUACUUGACGUUUCACAGAAAUCAUGAUUAUUUUAAUGUGUUGCUGUAAGUAUUAGACAGCAAAGCUGUUCAUAAAAUAGUUUAGUUGAACCUCAAUUAUCUGGCCCCUGAUUAUAGGAACCAGAAUUGUUGUUACCUUGA